AUGCCUGAACUGGUCGGAAAGAACGUAGGCCCAAUAGGCUACGGCCUCAUGGGUCUAACAUGGCGCAAGAACUCACCGCCAGCCGAACAGAGCUACGAAGCUAUGCGCACGGCACUCUCACUCGGUGCGAACAACUGGAACGGUGGCGAACUCUACGGCUCACCAGAGCGCAACUCUCUACACCUUCUCAACGAGUACUUCACCAAGUACCCAGGUGAUGCAGAGAAGGUUGUCCUAUCCAUCAAGGGUGGUCUCAAGAAAGGUGAGAUGGCGCCUGAUGGCAGCCGCGAGAAUGUGAGGCGCAGCAUCGACGAAUGCUUGAAGGUCUUGGAUGGCAAGAAGAGUCUUGAUCUGUUCGAGUGUGCUAGAGUCGACCCCAAGACACCUAUCGAAGAGACUGUCGGCUACAUCGCAGAGUAUGUCAAGGAGGGUAAGCUCGGCGGUAUCAGCUUGUCGGAGGUUGGUGCGCAGUCGAUCCGCAAGGCGCAUGCUGCUCACCCCGUCUCGGCCGUCGAGGUAGAGUUCUCGCUCUGGUGCACUGACAUUCUUGAGAACGGUGUCGCGGCGACGUGCGCAGAGCUGGGUAUCCCUAUCAUCGCGUACUCUCCUCUUGGACGCGGGUUUCUGACGGGCAAAUACAAAAAGUACGAAGACAUCGAGCCCGACUCUAUGCUCCAACACAUGCCUAGAUUCCAGCCCGACGUCUUUGACGAGAACAUCAAGCUACUCCACGCUGUCGAAGACAUGGCCAAGGCAAAAGGAGUCACACCAGCUCAGAUUGCCAUCGGCUGGGUACUCGCGCAGAGCGGUGCCAAGGGUAUGCCCAUUAUGAUCCCAAUUCCUGGUGCUACGACAUCGGAGAGGAUCGAGGAGAACAUGAAGCCGGCGAAGCUCAGCGACGAGGACCUGAAGGCGCUGGAUGACAUGUUGAAGGCGUUCCCUCCGAUUGGCGCCCGGUAUCACGAGUCCCAGUCGGCAUUGUUGUUUGCAUAA